AUGGCCGCCAACAACAAUCCGCAUUCUCUCACUGAUCAGAAUGCGAAUUCUAUGCCUCCGCCUAUUCUUGAUUAUCAAUUCUCCACUACCACUGCUCUUAGGCUUCUGGUCGUUGAUCAUGAUCCUGAACACUUAAGACUUAUUCAAGAUAUGGCUUUUCAAUGCAACUAUCAAGUGACCACAUGCUUCGAGGGUUCUCAUGCUUUGAAUCUUCUUCGGGAGAGCAGUGGGUGUUUCGAUGUGGUACUAUGUGAUGUUCAUAUGCCAGGGAUAAUGGAUGAUGGUUCUCGAUUACUUGACCAUGUUCUCCAAGAAUUCAAUAUUCCUGUCGUAAUGAUGUGUGCAACAGAUGAUGAGUCAUCAAUUGCAGUGAUGGAGGGUAUGAAAAAGAAAGGGGCUUGUUAUAAUUUAGUUAAACCUCUUAGCGAGCAAGAUUUGAUGAACAUAUGGCAGAAUGUGAUGGAGAAAACCCAGAAAGAAGUUUUCUAUGACGAUGAUGAUGAAAGCAAAGGAACAGUGAAUAGAAGGAAGAGGAGCUUAUCAACCGAAAGAGAUGAUCAUGAUGUUCAGUCCAACACUCCCAACAAAAAGCCACGUUUUAUUUGGACCCAAGAAAGGCAUCAAAUGUUCGUCGAUGCUGUACUCCAACUAGGGAUUGAUAAAGCUGUGCCAAAGAAAAUUCUAGAAUUGAUGGAUAUCCCUGACUUGACAAGGGAAAAUGUAGCAAGCCAUCUGCAGAAAUAUCGGAUGCAUCUUAAGCAGAAGAGUGAGGAGACUAAGCAAACAAAUAUUAAUGGGAAGCUAAAUGUUAAUAGAGAAGCUAAUAAGCAACUUUGUGCACCUUUGAGGGUUCAAGCUGCAACCAACAUUCCUCAAAUUCCACAAACACUUCAAAUUCCACAAACACUGCCCCUUCAUCACCAAUAUGUGCCAACUGUUAGUGCUGCACCUCAUGCUUUGAAAUUCCCUAAUAGUAAUCCCUUUGGUCUCAUCAACAACAAUGGCAUUGUUGGAAGUAAUAUGGCACUUAAUCAUCAGAAUAAUGAUUAUGGUCGUUACAUUAUUAUGAACCUAAUGCAACAGCAACAACAGCAACAAUCACUGGUGCAAAGUCAUUAUUAUCCAAUGAUGGCUCCUCAAUCCUGUGAUGGAGCUGCUUUUCAAGGGGGAACGAGGGGAGGUAGUGGUGGCUGUAGGAGUGAUCCUCUUGUUGAAUACAAUACAUUUUCUUCAUCAUCAUCAGCACCACUUGAUCAUUAUCAUCAUCAAAUGAAUAAUAAUUCAGUCAGCGGAAGUGGCAGCAUUGCUGAGAUUCUGAAUGAUGGCUAUAUAUCAUCAUCAUCAGCACCACCCUCAUCAUCAUCGUCCCUUUCUCCAACAGGAUUCUUCUCAAGAACUCACCACCAGCACAAUCAUCAGCAGCUUCCAGCCGGGGACCUUGACGACAAUUUUUGGGACGGCCUAUAUACUCUUUGA